AUGGCUGGUCACGAUCAUGUACUCGCGGUGGACCCCGCGUUGGUCAAAUAUAGCAAUAUGUCGACCAAUCGCCACAAGUAUUUCCGAUGGACGGGCCGCACUGCCGCUAUCUCGUUUGUCUUUGCAGCGGUCAUUCCGAGUAUCGUUGGGUAUAUGGCUAUCAAGACUGAAGGAAAAUGGGAUAUGAGAGGAAAGCGCAGGGGUGAUACGAUUGCGGAGUUUUAG